AUGGUGACAGAGAGUUUGUACGACCUUGGGCAUUUCAGAGAGUGGAACACUCACAGAGAUCAAGCAAUCUACAAGCAACUUGUACGAAAAUAUCAUCCUGAUGUGUCGCCGCCGGAAAGAAUAGAAGAACACACGAAGAGGUUUAUUCAGGUACAAGAAGCGUACGAGACUUUAUCCGACCCCAUAAGCAGAGUUUUGUAUGAUAAACAUUGGCUUUGUUUCGAGGAAAGAGUGGAAAAGAGAGUGGCGGAAGCAAUGGCAGUCUCAACUGACACGGCUGAGGAGAAGGAGCAUGAGGCAGGAUUCGAGGGCCAACAUGUCAUGGGGAGCAGAAUGCGCAGGAGAGAUCAAAUCAAAAACUAG